AUGUUAGAAGAAGAAGAAGAAGCGACGACUUCCGAAGGCGCUUCAACGGCGACUCCACCGCUCGGCAUGAAACCGUGGAUUGGUUUACAAACCAUGCCGCAACCGACGCGCGAUAAAAUCGCGGAACACAUGCAGCGACAACAAACGGAAACCGGAGAUAACGAGUUGACCGUGGUAUUAAUUGGUAGACAAGGCGUAGGGAAAUCGAGCACGGUGAACGCGCUGAUAAACGAGAAAGUAGCGAACGACCAACCGUUCGUGCAGGAAACGGUGAGACCUUUGUUGGCGUCUCGAGCGGCGGGGGGCUUCAACGUCCACGUCAUCGACACGCCGGGGUUGUUGGAUGGAGAAUCCGUUUCGUCGAACGGUUUAAUGGCUCUGAGAGCCGCUUUGGACGAUAGAAAAGUGCAUUGCUUUGUGUUUAUGCAAAGAUUAGACUCUUGGAGGUGCGAUUCCGGAGACGAGUUGAUGAUUAGAGCCUUGUGCCAACACUGCGGCGCGGAUGUCUUUGACCGAGUCGUCUUGGGCUUCUCUCACGGCGAAUUAAAACCACCGAACGGCGAAACCACGCAAAAACUUAUCGAACGCAGAUACGCACAAACUGUCUCCAUGAUUAAAACUGAAUUGAAAAAAGUGCGAAAGAAAAACUACAACGAUUUCUCGCCGCCCAUGGCGGUGGUUGAAAACAGUUCCCGAUGCCCGACCAACGCCGAAGGCGAAAAGUGCGUCACGUUAGAAAACGACGAAAAAGUCCCGUGGCUGCCAGCUUUAGUCGGCGCCAUGGUCGACGCGUCCACGCAAUCCGUUAAAAAGUCAGAAGGCGACGGCAAAUCCUACUACCUCUUCGAUUACAAAAAAAUUAAGAAAUCCGGCGCCAACCCGAACACUAGGCAUAAGCUCUGGAUGUUCCCGGCGUUUCUCCUCCAGUGGUUCGUGUUGAGACCAAUCAUAGUGAAAGUCAUCCGGAACGACAUCCGCAAAGAUCGCGCGAUUGAUCGAUACGCGCUUUAA